GAUUUAUCAUUUCCUUCCGCAGGCAGCCAUUGAUUUUGUCUUCCUCCAAUUCACAAAACGCAUCCCCAACUUUCAAACGCAAUAAAUUCACUUCAGAAAUUCCUCGACUUCCUGUAGUCAGUCUACACCCACCCACCCCACCAAUAUUCCGCUCCAAAUCAGCUACUUUUGGGGCUUAAUUCGUCCGCGCGCGCCUCUCACGCGUUUUCUCGAGAGAUGAUGAUGGCGGAGGAGAAGGAGGAGGGUUUGCUGGGUCAACUCUGUGAUGUAGUUGCGACUAUCUCCGCGUUGCCUGAUUGCAGAGCCGUCUCCAAGAAGAUGUUCUGCAAUCUGGUCAGAAGGGUGAAGCUAUUGAGCCCUCUCUUUGAGGAAUUGAAAGACGGUGGAGCUGGAGGAGAGAACGAGCUGCCGGACGACGUCGUUAAGGGCCUCGAGUCUCUCAGAAUCGCUCUCGAUUCCGCUUUUGAGCUUCUCAAAUCUCUCCUUGAAGGCAGCAAGAUAUUCCAGGCUUUGCAAAUUGACAAAAUUGCUGCAAAGUUUGAAGUUGUGACUAAACAAAUUGAAGAAGCAUUAGAUCAAGUUCCGUAUAACAAUCUUGAUAUACCCGAGGAGGUUCGAGAACAGAUUGAACUCCUACAUUCGCAAUUUAAAAGAGCUACAGGUCGGCUGGAGUCGCCGGACUUGCAGUUUGCAAUGGACUUAGCUGCUGCACAAAUGGAAGACGAUCCCGACCCUGCAGUUUUCCAAAGGCUUUCGGAGAAGCUGCAUCUCCGAACCAUAAAUGAUAUAAAGAAAGAGUCACUCGCCAUUCACGAAAUGGUCAUAUCAUCUGAUGGCACUCCCGAAGGGUUUUCUGCAGAGUAUUUGGAGACUAUGUCGUAUAUUCUCAGAAAGCUGAAGGACUGUGUGAUAUCGAAUAAUCCAGACGAGGAUAUGAUUGAUGUGGACAAGAGUUCUCUUAAACACAGAUCUCCUAUCAUCCCUGAUGACUUCCGUUGUCCCAUAUCACUCGAAUUAAUGAAGGACCCCGUAAUUGUGUCAACCGGACAGACUUACGAACGAUUCUGCAUUCAGAAAUGGUUAGAUUCCGGACACAAGACGUGCCCCAAGACUCAGCAGACGUUACUGCACACUGCGUUAACGCCCAACUACGUUUUGAAAAGUCUUAUCACUAUGUGGUGUGAGAGCAACGGAGUCGAGUUGCCACGGAGCCAAGGAACUAGUCGAAACAAAAAAUCGGGAACUGGCAGUUCGGACUGCGAUCGUGCUGCCAUCGAAGCCUUGCUGCAGAGGCUGGCGAACGGAAAUCCCGAACAGCAACGAGCAACUGCUGGCGAGCUCCGUCUGCUGGCCAAACGAAAUGCCGACAACAGAGUAUGCAUUGCCGAAGCUGGCGCCAUUCCUCUAUUAGUUGAAUUGCUGUCCUCCCCUGAUCCGAGGACUCAAGAGCACGCCGUGACGGCGCUUCUCAACCUCUCAAUAAACGAGGCGAACAAGGGCAUUAUUGUAAAUGCCGGUGCAAUACCCGACAUCGUAGAGGUUCUGAAAAAUGGAAGCUCGGAAGGUAGGGAAAAUGCUGCCGCGACCCUUUUCAGCCUAUCGGUUGUUGACGAGAACAAAGUCGCAAUCGGGGCUGCCGGAGCCAUCCCUCCCCUGAUCGACCUGCUUUGCAACGGCACACCCCGGGGAAUGAAAGAUGCUGCCACGGCUAUAUUCAAUCUUUCGAUCUACCAAGGAAACAAGGUGAGAGCCGUCAGAGCCGGAAUCGUGCCACCAUUGAUGAGAUUGCUCAAGGAUCCCGGAGGCGGCAUGGUUGACGAAGCGCUCGCGAUUUUGGCCAUUCUCGCUAGCCAUCAAGAGGGGAAGGUAGCUAUCGGCCAGGCUGAGCCGAUCCCGAUUUUGGUUGAAGUGAUCAGGACAGGAUCGCCUCGCAACCGGGAAAAUGCGGCUGCAAUACUGUGGUCAUUGUGCGUCGGAAAUUUACCGUAUCUGAAAGUCGCGAAAGAGCUCGGGGCUGAGGAGGCGUUGAAGGAGUUGUCGGAGAACGGUACGGACAGGGCGAAGAGGAAAGCCGGCAGCGUUUUGGAGCUUCUACAGCGAGUGGAAGAGGAGGGGAAGGUGGAGGAAGUUAUUUCAUGAAACCUGGAGAGGAUAAUUGAUGUUCAUCUUUAUCUUCAUCGCCAUCGUCAUCUUCAUCUUCUCCAAAUUGGGUUUUAAGGUGCGUUUUGACAAUGUGUGAAGUUCUGUGUUUUUUUUUGGUUUUUUUGCAUUUACUGGUAAUGAUGCCUGCUGAUGAUUUGUGAAUAGGGAGGGUAAUGCUUGAAGCAUAUAUAUUAUAUAUAUAUAUAUAUAUAUAUAUGUUACGUUUUAUGUAUGUAUGUCUGGUGUGUACCUAUCUGUGGCUGCCUCUGAUGAUAAGUUUCAGACAUUCUCCUUCCGAUGUUUUGUUAUUCUUUGUCGGGAAUUUUUACAAUUUGUCUAUAUACCGUGAGUUAGUUAAAUGAUCUUAGAAUGUAUUGUAUGGAUUAUUUUUGUAUUAUAUAUCUUUGUACUGUUUAUUUAUAUAUA